CGUGCUUCUCGUACGACGAAGUGCGGUCGUCUCCGCUUUCCCGGCGCCGUCAAACGCACCACGACCCGCUCCGCUGCGUCGGUAUUUCAUGCCAGCUUCCGAAGCCAGCGAAAUAACAGUGAACAGCCGGCAAGUGAUGCGGUGUGGUUGGAUCAUCGUGGCGGCAUUUUCGUUCUACCUGGCCGCCGCCACUGCGCAGCCAAUGGCUGCCGGCAUGGGACCGCUUCACUCGGAACCGCCUGGCAGCUUGGGGGCAAAGCCAAAGUCACCUGGCGGAGAGAUACACUGCACGUUCAGACUAUGUCCAAAGGCCAAGCCGGACGUGAUCAACAUCCACUUCGUCCCACAUUCCCACAUGGACAUCGCCUCUCACAACACCUUCGAAGCCAACUUGAGAAAGGUGACGGCCAUCCUGAACUCGGUCAGUGGUGAGUUGCUGAAGAACAAGAAACGUAUGUUCAGCGUGACUGAGGUGGCCUUCCUCAAGAAGUGGUACGAGUCCAGCAGCGAGGUCUUCAGAAUCAUCUUCAGGAAAUUCAUCGCAGAAGGCCGUGUGGAGUUGGUGAGCGGUGGCAUGGUGAUGAACGACGAGGCGACCACGCACUACUCGGACAUUCUGGACCAGAUGACGCUCGGCAUGCGCUGGAUCAACGCCACGUUCGGCGCAUGCGCGCUGCCGCGCGCCGUCUGGCAGCUGGACCCCUACGGUCACUCGAGGGAGCAGGCAGCUCUCUUCGCACAGAUGGGUUUCGACGGCCUCUUCCUGGGCAGAGUGCACCACUUGGAGCGGCGCUGGAGGGGAAACCUGGACGCGCUGGAAUUCGUGUGGCACGCCGACGAAAAGCUCGAAUGGGAGAUCUUCACCUCCAUUUUGCCCCACCGUUACUCUCCUCCCGGCGUGGUCAACUUCAGGGAAUUCUUUCUCACGGAAGAAAAUAAAGUCAAUGUCGCGCAGGGCUUCAUAGACGCCAUAGAAACCGCACCACAGCCACUUGAUUCUCCGAACGAUGAGUUCCAAGCUGACCCAAGAGGGAAGGGUGACAAACUGGAGCCCACGUCUGGUGAGAGGUGUCAACCAGGUUCCACGGACUGCGGGCCGAUUAUGUACCCGGCCGCCAGGUCACGCUACGGAGGGUCGCAGAAAAAGCAGCAGACGUCCAACGCCAGGCAGGCUCCGGAUACGCCUCCCGUUCAGACGGGCCGUGGCUACCAGACGCAGCAACGCAUCGUCAUGUUCGGCGACGACUUCGCCUACACCAACGCCACCGUGUGGUACUCGCAAAUGGACCAGCUCAUCGACACCAUCAACUCAGUGAACGGCAGCCGGUACAACGCAUUCUACUCGACGCCCGAGUGUUACCUGCGGUCGGUGCACGAGCAGUGGUUUCGCCGCAAGAAGGGAGCCCUCGGAGAGCGCGCUCUCGUACGGCGGUGA